GGAGACUACAAUGAGUGGUAUAAGAGUAGCAGGCUCUUCAAGGCCCAUAACCUACCUAUGGACGAGACUUCCUACUCUUUAUUAGCCCACGGCUAUAUCCUCUCUCACAGGCAUAUGGCGUCUUCAGCGUUAAUGGUUUUACAAGAGAUGAAGGAGGCGGACAUGCACCCGGCGUUAGUCAAGCUAAACGAGCGAUUCAUCCAUGGCUAUCUCGAGCUCCAAGACCUCGGUCUUACGCCAGAGAAGACAGCUUGGCAGACU